AUGCAGUCUUUAAAAUAUUGCAAAUUACCACUAUAUCGAGAUUAUUUUAGUGACAAUCUUAAGAAUGCCACAACAAAUAUAGAAAAAUUAAUCAUCGGUGUCUAUUCACCGGAUGAUAUAAAACAGUUGUUUUGUCAUAUACCAAAAAUUCGCAGUUUAAAAAUACGACUGUAUCGUGAAUCUCUCAGGUUGCAUGAAGAACCAUGUACAGUUGAUGCAGCUUCGCGAUUGAAUAGUAUGGUCGUCGUUCAACAUUUGACACGUUUUACAUUAGACAUGAAAGGUCAUUAUGAGCCAUUUAGUGAAAUUGUAGCAAUCUUAAAAUAUUUACCUCAACUUAAACAGUUUUCAUUUUCCUCAAUCGGGUUUUACUGGACUACUCACAGCAUUCUAGAUGGUGACUUUUGGGAAAACAUUUUAUCGACAUGUGUUCCGACAUUAGAAAAAUUUUCUUUUUCAAUUCGAUUUCGUGUUCGUUACGAGAAACCAGAAGAAGUCAUUGCUAAUAUGGAUACAAUAUUAUCUACAUUUAAAACAAAUUACUAUUAUAGCCAUAAGUGGUACUUUAUUUGUGAUUAUUAUUCGGAAGCAGAGUCAGUCACUUGGUUUUCUGUAUACACAAUACCAUGUCCAUUUGCGUAUGUUAAUAUUCAGUAUGAUACGUUAAGAUCAAGCUCAACUAUACCGUUGAAUUUUUCGUCGCUAGGCAAUUAUGAUAAGAUUGACUCUUUAGUUAUCGUAACGCCAACCACCAACCAAAUUCCAGAAAGUCGCCAAUAUCCAAAUGUCUAUAGGCUAGGAAUUCAUCGAUUUGGUAUGAAAUUAAGGCCUCUACCAUUAACACUAUCGGCUACAUUUCUAGCUGAUUUGAGCAAAUUAAUUUUAUGGUCAAAUUUAACGAAAUUAUCAGUACUUGAAAAUUUAGAUCCUAGAAUUAUAUUCGAAAUUUUAACUCGAUCGGUCAACGUUGAUUCAUUGGAGAUUGAGUAUGACAUAUUCGAGAAAUAUUUGUUAUCAUUUCCAGAAUUAUGUUCGCUUAUGAACAAGAUGUUAAAAAAGUUAAAAUUAGUCGUAAAUGAUGGUGAUUUUAAUCCUGAUGUGGUCGAAAUAUUUUGCGAACAAUUCUCAAAUAUUCAAUUUUUUUAUAUUAAUAUUAAGACGAUCAACGAAAUUUACAUUAUUUUACCUGUAUUAUUGGAAAAACUACUUCACCUAACGUAUCUGAGGACAUACUCAGCGGAUAUAAAAAUGUUUCAUCUAAACCAUGAUAUUCUGUCAUGGCUACGAGAAAAAACACACCUAGCAAAAGAAUGGAUAGUUUCCUAUACUGACCAUUUGUAUGAUGAAUAUAUUACAACCCUAAGUCAUCUGUCAUCAAUAAAAACAUUUAAAAAUAAAAAACGGUCAGUUCGAUGGAAAGCAAUAAUGUAA